AUGUCUCUGAACAACACCGAGGAAGAGAAAAGUCAUCUUCAAGCCAAUACGAAAGACCGCGAGGAUGUAACCAUCACUAAUGCACAACCAGAAGUCACUUUCACACAUGCCGACUUUAACUCCAAUUUACAAAAUUUGGACGACCCUGUGGUAGUCACCCUACAGUUAGGAGAUCUAUUGGUAAAGAAAGUUCUCCUAGAUCCUGGAAGCAGUGCCGAUGUUUUAUUUUACUCCACAUUCCAAAAGAUGAAGCUCAGCGACAACAUGCUACAAUCCACAGGAGGAGAUUUGGUCGGCUUCUCAGGAGAACGGGUUCCAGUACUCGGGUCAGUGUGGUUACAAACCACACUGGGUGAGCAACCUCUUUCCAAAACUAAUGAUAUUCAAUAUUUAGUAGUUGAUUGUUUCAAUCCAUAUAACAUUAUCCUCGGCCGACCGUUUUUGAAUAAGUUCGGCGCUAUUGUAUCUACAGUUCAUCUCUGUGUGAAGUUUCCAUUGCAGGAUCACCAGGUUGUCACAAUCCACGGUGACCAUAAAGAAGCACGACAAUGUUACAACAUCAGCAUGAAAUUCCAAAAUCGUUCAACAAAACAAGUCAACAACGUCGGCCUGAACCAAAAUGAGCACACGCUAGCCGAAUUGGACCCAAGAGCAGAUUUCCUCGAUCGCCCAAAACCCUCCGAUGACUUACAAAAAGUGUAUUUCAACAAUGACGCUAAUAAAUUCACGUAUGUUGGUAACUCACUCAAUGCAUCUGAGUUGCAGGCUAUAACAACUUUCCUGCAAGAACACGCCGACCUUUUUGCAUGGACGCCAUCAGACAUGCCCGGAAUAGAUCCAUAUAUCAUCAGUCACAGGCUGGCAACAAACUCGUCGAUCCGACCAGUGCAACAGAAGAAACGUAAACUCGGCGAAGAGAAAAAGAGAGCAUCACUGGAAGAAACACAAAAGCUCAUCAACGCCGAAUUUAUCAAAGAGAUCCGAUUCACCACUUGGUUAGCCAAUGUGGUAAUGGUAAGAAAACAAAAUGGUAAGUGGCGCAUGUGCGUCGACUUCACUGAUUUAAACAAAGCAUGCCCAAAGGAUUCUUAUCCUCUGCCAUCCAUAGAUUCUUUAGUGGACAAUGCGUCAGGCUACGCCACUUUAAGUUUUAUGGAUGCAUAUUCCGGAUAUAAUCAGAUAAUGAUGCACUCUUCUGAUCAAAAUAAAACAGCUUUUAUCACUGAUUUGGGUAACUAUUGUUAUAAAGUUAUGCCAUUUGGAUUAAAGAACGCAGGUGCAACUUAUUAA